UGGCCUUGCCUUUCCCUCCCAACGAGAGCCUUUCCCUCCCAAAAUCCAACAAAUUGCAGACACUCUCUCUCUGCUCCCGCUCUCCCGGAACCCUAGAGCUCCACCACCGCCGUCUUUUUGCCGACCGCCGCUUGGAGGAAGUCCCAAGAGGAGGCGUGAUGUCCUCUUCCACCCGCCGAUACAAAGAACGGGGCGGCGGCGGAGGGAAGGUGGUGGCAGAGGUCCUUCCCCCGCCUUCCAUGCCGAAAGCAAGAAAAGUUCCAUCCGAAUACUCCUCCAAGGAGAACUUGCCUCGGUCUAAACCAGCAGGAAAACCGAUCCCUCCUAGAGCGGCGCCAAGAGGUUCCGGUCAGAUGCCUCUCGUCCAGAGGCCGCCGAGGAUUUCAAAUACGGAUUCCUGCGGGGAGAGCGCGAAGAAUGUUAGGUGGUCGACGUCUUCGUUGCCGAAGGGUAAGUCUUCCGAUCUCUCGGAGUUUGCUCGUUUUCUUUCCGAUCUUCGCAGGGAUCGUCUCGCUAGGGCUUCGAAGAGCGAGGCGCCGGAGACUGGCUUGGAUCUUGUGAAGAAGGUUUCGGAGUUACCUCAUUCUGCAGGUCUUGGCAAUGAAGAUAAUUUGGGUUCCUUGAACUUGCAAGAUUCCACGGUAGACCUUAAGGUUUCAAGGGAAGGUAAAGAAGAGUACAAACUUUCUGAUGUUGAUUCAGAGAAACACAAGAAUGAAGAUAUUUCUAUAUUGAUAGAGUCUUCUGAGAAAGAAAAUGAUUCAAAUAAUGUCAAUUGCACUUUAAGCAAUGUUAAGGGCGGGAAUCUGGCACCGAAAGAGCUUGCUGAUGCUUCCUGCAGAACUUCUGAAAAUGCAUGUGAGGCCGGGCUGGAGAACCCAAGCGUUGAUAAAGCUUCUGGGGAUCUGAAGUCCGAGUUGGACUUGCUUCUGAAUGCGAAAGAUAGUUUAGCUUGCCGUUUGGGGAAGGAGUUGACAGACCCAAACGGCGACGCCAUCGCGAAAAAUAGUGAGAAAGAAGUUCAUCUGAUCUCGAAAUGCUCGUUGGGGGCAAGACAAAAAAUCGAUGACUCGGCUUUAGGCAAGAUUCCGAGUAAGCUUCGCGAGAAGCUGGCCUCCCUGGAAGGGAGAGUCAAGUCCAUUGCAUCAGAAAUCAAGCGGACUAGAGAGAUGCUGGAUUCAAAUAACCCAGAUGGCUCAAAAUCUCUUAUUCUGGACAUCCAGGGGAAGAUUUGCGGAAUUGAAAGGGCUGUGGGAUGCAUAAUGGAUGACAAAGGAAAAUUGGGAUUACCGAAGCUCGAGCCAUCAAUUAAGGAGAACGAAAUGGGCAUCCAAGGAGAGGUGAAUCGAUCGGAGGAGUCUACGAAGUGUUCGAGAACUACGUUAACAACUAAAUCAACGAACGAAGCCCUUCCUAAUGAGCAGAUAGGUGGUCCUUCCAAACAAUCCAUCAAGUGUUUGAGUAAAGAGGAACUGGAAGCAAGGCUGUUUCCUCAUCAUAAGCUGCUGAGAAAUCGUCCACCAUUGACCAAUAUACUAUUGCCGAACGAGCUUGAAGUUGGAAAUGCUACGUCUAGCUUUACACAGUCCGAUCAUUUUUUCGCACAUGGAGAUGGCGUUGCGAGUCCAGUUGAAGAAAAUCCCAUCGCCCUUGAGUUUCUGGCUUCCUUAGCUCAUGCAAAUGAAACUCAAACAAUUGUGAACGAUGCAAUUGCGAAGCUUAGCCUUUGCUCUAUCCAUGAAAUGGAAUCAUCAUCCAAUAAUGAAGACAGCCAGAAGCAAUCCUCUGAUGCUCCCCAUCUACCAAAGGGGCUUGUUGAAGGGAAGGGCGAGUUGAAACUCUCAUGCGAUGAAAAACUGCAGCUCAGUGAUCAGGAAAAUCGGUCUGUUUCAGUGAGUCAAGGUCCUGACGAUUCUUGUGCUAAUCAGUUGAUUGAGAUUGGGGUAAAACCCUCAACUGGUGGAUGGUUUGUCUCAGAGGGUGAAUCAGCAUUGCUUGCUCAUGCUGAUGGUUCAUGUACCUUCAAUGAUCUUGUACACUGCGAGGAGAAAUCUGAAUAUGUACCUCCCGUUCAAGUUUCUCCUAACUUGUGGCGGGAUAUAUGGUUGAUUCGUGCGGCUGGUCCAGAUGGAUGCGCUGCAAAAUAUGUGGUGGCUGCAUCAGCUGGGAAUGUGUUGGAUUCAGGAUUUUGCUCAUGGGAUUUUUAUUCAAAAGAAGUUCGGGCCUUUCAUACAGAGGGCAGAUGUCCGUUGGCUCUUUCUUCUCUGUCACACAGAAAUUCCCAAAGGAGAAGAAAUGUUCUUUCCACAAUUGGGGCACCUGAAAACCAUCAGUGGUGGUACAAACCAUGCGGGCCUCUUAUUGUUUCAACUGCCACUUCUCAGAAGAAUGUCAGUGUAUAUGAUAUCCGUGAUAGUGACCUUGUGAUGAGAUGGGAAACACAAACUCCUGUAGCAACCAUGGACUUCUCUAGCCCAUUGCAGUGGAGAAAUAAAGAAAAGGUGGUUGUUGCAGAAAGUGAAGCAAUCAGCCUAUGGGACGUUUCAUCAUUAAAUCCUCGUGUUCUAUCAUCUAUUUCUUGCUAUAAAAGGGUUUCUGCUCUUCAUAUUCAUAACACUGAUGCUGAAUUUGGUGGUGGUGUUCGCCAGAGGGUUAGCUCUUCAGAAGCAGAAGGAAAUGAUGGUGUAUUUUGCACCUCGGAAAAUCUUAAUGUUUUUGAUUUCCGUAUCCCAUCUGGUAUAGGUCUUAGGAUACCUAAACCUGGCGUAAAUGGGCAGUCACUUUUUGCUCGUGGAGACUCUGUUUUUCUAGGCUCUGUCAGUGGAAGGUUGACCUUAAAAGAGCAUAGUUCUCCAACAAUUCAGCAUUUCUCGUUGCGCAAAGGAAGACUGGUAAGCACUUAUUCAUUACCAGAUGCCAGUUAUCACAACGAACACUCAUCUUUGACGCAAGUUUGGGGAUCAUCUGACCUUGUCAUGGCUGCUUCUGGUUGCGGAUUAUUUGUUUUUGAUGUUCUCAAGGAUGAAGGGAUGCAGUUUGUCCACAGUGGUUUUUCGAAUGUAACAGAAGUCAGAGAGGUGAUUGGCUCUGAUACUUUAUACUGCCCCUCCUUUGACUAUGCCGCAUCAAGGGUGCUUCUUAUUUCUAGAGAUCAACCAGCUUCUUGGCGGUUUUUGUCAUAGUUCGUUUAUGUACAUAUGCACAUACACCGAAUGACAAUGCUUGUAUCCUAUAUCUGCUUGCUGCUUCAGUUGAUACUUUUAGCAGUUAAUAGUAAUUCAAUAUGUUUUUGUAUCAGUUUGUAAUUGUGAAGCAGUGCUCUGUGCGACUGUGCCCCAACUGUGAAACGGUAUUAUUCGGGGAAUAUCAAGAAUCUUUUCUUUGAA